UUGUCGUUCCAUCUCGGCUCGACUUCGCUGUCGUUGGUUGGUGUUGAAGGCGUUUUCCUUAGACCGAUUUGUUUGCUGUCAUUUCGCAAUUAAAUUAAUUUACUUCUGCUUAUCAGUUGUGUUUCGUCGAACCUUCACAUUCCAAAAUGACAGAGCAACAAAUGGAUUGUGCUUUGGAUCUGAUGAGGCGCCUCCCUCCGCAGCAAAUUGAGAAAAAUCUAAGUGAUCUUAUUGACUUGGUGCCUAGUUUAUGUGAAGACCUGCUCUCUUCAGUUGAUCAGCCACUCAAGAUAGCUCGUGACCGUUCUAUGGGAAAAGAUUACUUGCUCUGUGAUUACAAUCGAGAUGGGGAUUCUUACAGGUCCCCGUGGAGUAACCAGUAUGAUCCACCCCUUGAGGAUGGAUCAAUGCCCUCUGACAGACUGCGACAAUUGGAAAUAGAUGCCAACAAUGCUUUUGACCAAUUCAGAGACAUGUACUUUGAAGGUGGGGUGUCAUCUGUGUAUCUGUGGGACUUAGAUCAUGGUUUUGCAGGUGUGAUACUUAUCAAAAAAGCUGGAGAUGGUUCUAAAAAAAUCAAAGGAUGCUGGGACUCAAUCCACGUUGUUGAAGUGCAAGAGAAGUCCAAUGGCCGUCACGCACAUUACAAACUGACAUCAACAGUGAUGCUGUGGCUUCAAACUAACAAAGCUGGCUCUGGAACAAUGAACUUGGGGGGCAGCUUGACAAGACAGAUAGAACAAGACAACUCUGUCAGUGAAGCAUCCCCGCACAUUGCCAACAUUGGACGCUUGGUGGAAGACAUGGAGAACAAAAUCAGAAAUACUUUGAAUGAAAUCUAUUUGGGAAAAACAAAGGACAUUGUGAAUGGUCUGCGAAGUGUGACACCUCUAGCUGAUACACACCAACAAGCCCUGCUGCAACAAGACCUUGCUGAAGCAUUGCGAAGGAGGCAAGCUAAAGGCGAGAGUCCAUCUACUUAAACUGCAUUUCUUCUCUAAAACCACAGGCUUUUAUGGCUGUGACCACCGAUCAAGACUGGAAAAGGUACACGGUUUUUGAGAUUUGCUAUAUUUGGGUAACAUUUGAAACAUUUUCGGGUGUUGUUCAUUAUGUGCACAAAUUAUAAAAUGUCAUUUAAGAAAAUUGAAACUUUGGUUCACCACUGGCCUACAGGAACUGAAGUACUUGUUUUUUCAGUCAUUAUUACAUAUACAGUCAAAGUGUUGUUUUUUUUUUUCCUUUUUGAAAUUACUAAACUCAAUUGCAUUUGUUGAAAAAUGCUGUCAGAUGUUUGCAUUUAAUAAACUUUCAUCAAUUCAUAGGUGUCUCUAGUUGUGUUCCAAAAUUAACCUACUCUUAAUAGAAUUGCUUGCCAGUUAUGUUGUUUGUUUGCUUGUAACUGCUGAAUCCGGAAUUUGUUUUUCUUGAGAUCUAAAUAUAAUGUAUUACACUGGUAAGAAGAACUUCAGGUUUAGGCACAUAGAAAUGUGCAUUAUUGAUUGUAUCCUUUGUGCAUCCCUGAUGAAGUUGGUCAUUUUUGCCUUCACCCCUCCACCAGCAUGGAGACAUCAGGCCUCCAGUAUUUCAUCAAUAUUUUUUUUUACAUAUUUUAUUAUUGAUAUUUUUAAUAACAAUUGUAAUUUGUAUAAUAUAAUGUCAUUAGUCUUGAAAAGCAAAUUCAAACUUUUCUUUCAUUGAAUGUUAUAAAAAAUCACUACUAACUUAAUGGCUGAGAUGAGUGGCCUGCUCUCCAUUCAUUUGUUCAUUAUUGUUUAAUGAUGCUGUAUUUUCCUGUGUACAUGUGUGUUGUGUGUUAAGUAAUUAGAGUCUAAUGUCUUAGGAGUUUCUGUGAUGAAAUGUUUAAGAGGGAAGUGCUUUAACCACAUUAAUGCGGAUUGUAACUCAAAUAUUGCAAUUUCUUGGCACAAUUCUUUUUGUUAAAUUUUAAUGGAUUGAAACUACAUGCCUAAUAUUAAUUGUUUCAUUCUACUGCUCACUGGUGUUCUAGACUUGAGUUUGUGCCCCCAUGGUGCAUAGUAUUGGGACUUCUCUCCCAAAAAAGAUUUUUGAGCAUCAUGGUUUCACGUUCUUCAGGGAGUGUUACGUAUUAUGACUUACUAACUGCCUUCCCGGAUUGUUCCAUAGCCUGUAUAUAGUGAGCUGGUUUGAUGAAUAUACAUUGCCAGGGUUUUGAGCAUCUUAACAUCUGUUGGCUGUAUGCAAAGGUGUUUUUAAACAGCCCCACAAAUCUUAUGUAAAUAAGAAUACACAAUCCAAUCCUCCAAAUGUCUUUGAUAAGCACCUUAUCAAUUGUAAUGUUAACUUUGCAUCAGAGUAUUUUGUGACCUCUCCAUAUAUUAUUAGGGUUCUUUUGAUUUACUUUUGACUGUGACAUUAUUGCACAAAUGGGUGCAUUUUUGAACUUGUAAGUAAUCUAAAGCCGUUUGAGAACUUGGGCAGGAUGAGAACUUUGCCACUUACUCCUUCUGGUUUGACUUCUUUUGAAGUUUUUGCAGAGAAAUAUGGUUAUAGUCUUACAGUAUAUUACUUUGUGAGCUUUGCAGCCUGGCUUGUCAUGAUUGGUGCUCUUAUGUCAAGCUGAGAACCUGCAACUGCAGCCAUGGUUUGUUAUGGUUUUUUUAAAAUAUAAUUUCAAUGUACUGAAGAUUUAUAUAAUGUUAUUGGUUAUUAGUAAAAUUUCCAAGAAUAUC